AUGGUGGCUUCGGAGGAAGUAUUCCCGUGGCUGAAGUCGCUGCCGGUAGCGCCGGAGUACCGCCCAACCGUGGCGGAGUUCCAAAACCCUAUAGCCUAUAUCUCCAAAAUCGAGAAAGAAGCCUCUCAAUAUGGAAUCUGCAAGAUCAUUCCCCCGCUUCCCCCUUCCCCCAAGAAAACCGCAACUGCCAACCUCACGCGCUCCCAACCUACCUUCACCACGCGCCAGCAGCAGAUCGGUUUCUGCCCCCGCCGCGCGCAGCCGGUGCGACGCCGCGUCUGGCACAGCGGCCACCACUACUCUCUCCGCGAAUUCGAAGCCAAGGCUAAGGCCUUCCACAAAACCUACCUCAAGAAAAACAAACCCAAACCCUCGCCUCUCGAACUCGAAACGCUCUACUGGAAAGCCACCUUAGACAAACCCUUCUCCGUCGAAUACGCCAUCGACAUGCCUGGUUCCGCGUUUAGCCCCCUCCGUGCUUCCCGCGAUGCCAAUUACGUUGGUGACACCGCCUGGAACAUGAGGGCGGUUUCGCGGGGGAGUGACUCGCUGCUUAGGUUCAUGAAGGAGGAAAUUCCCGGCGUGACUUCACCUAUGGUCUACGUGGCGAUGUUGUUCAGCUGGUUCGCGUGGCAUGUGGAGGACCACGAUUUGCAUAGCUUGAACUACCUCCAUUUUGGAGCUCCCAAGACUUGGUACGGCGUGCCUAGGGACGCUGCCGUCGCGUUCGAGGAGGUUGUCAGAGUUCAUGGCUACGGCGGAGAGAUUAACCCUCUCGUUACCUUUGCUAUUCUUGGCGAGAAAACCACGGUAAUGUCGCCGGAGGUUUUUGUUAGUGCCGGGUUUAACUGUGGAGAGGCGGCUAACAUUGCGACACCUGAAUGGUUAAGGUUUGCGAAAGAUGCUGCUAUUCGGAGGGCUUCCAUUAAUUAUCCUCCCAUGGUGUCACAUUUCCAGUUGCUUUAUGACCUUGGCGUUGCUUUGUGUUCAAGAAUCCCUGGAGGCAUUAAUGCUGAACCGCGGAGUUCUCGGCUUAAAUAUAAGAGAAACUGUGAAGGAGAAACUGUAAUUAAAGAACUAUUUGUACAGGAUGUGGUAGAGAACAAUGAUUUGCUUCACACACUUAGCAAAGAAUCUGCUAUAGUACUUCUUCCUCGUAGCUCUUCUGACUUUUCUGUUUGCUCAAAAUUACGCAUUGGAUCACAACAACUAAAAGUGAACCCUGACUCUUCUGUCAAUGUAUACAAUUAUGAGGGAAUGGAUUCCUCAGAUUUUAUUUCUGAUGACCUCAUGUUCAACAGGAAUCAUGGAAUAAAACCGGUAAAGAAUUUUUAUUCUGUAAAAGAGAAGUUUGUUACAUUGUGUGAGAGGAAUAGGGUUUUGCCAUUUAGUCCGAAUGGGAACUUAUACACUUCAAGUUCAAAAACAUUGCAAAGAGACAGUGAAAAGGAAACAGAUCAAGGAGAUGGAUUAUCAGAUCAGAGACUAUUUUCAUGUGUCACUUGUGGAAUAUUAUGCUUUUCCUGUGUUGCUAUUGUGCAACCUAGAGAACCAGCAGCUACAUACCUUAUGUCAGCUGAUUGUAGUUUUUUUAAUGAUUGGAUUGUUGGUUCUGGAGUAACUAGCAAUAAAUUUUCAGGUGCAUAUAAAGAUGCAUGUAUUCCGAAGCCAAGAACAUAUACAGACCUGUAUGUGAAAGCUGAGCUUCAUGUACAGCUUUGUUCUUGUAGUAGUUUUGAAUCCAAGAGUGGCGUGCCAUGUGCUUAUUAUUCUUUACAUAAUGAGAGAGAAGAAAUAUGCAUGAAUCUGCAGAGCCUUUAUGGUUGGACAAAGCUAAAUGCCCAGCAUGAUUCAAAUGGUAAUUCCGUUCAAUCUGUUGAGCACCAUGCACAGAUUGCCGAUCAAAAUUAUGUGGAGGCUUUAAAUUCUGAAAGAGAAAAAGGCAAUUCAGCUCUUGCAUUAUUGGCAUCGGCAUAUGGAAAUUCUUCUGACUCUGAGGAAGGUCAGGGGGGAUUAGAUAUUGCACUUGAUGGCGAUGAAUUGAAUGUAAUCAACCAUCCAGCCACAAAUGGAUCUCAGGAGAUGUCUAGUUUGCCUUCUCAGUUUCAAGAUUCCCAUGAUAGUCCCAUGGGUAGAGUCAUUAGGCUUGAUAAAGGAGAUGAUAUUCCUUCAAGAAGAAUAGACAAUUAUGAGUAUUAUAUGCAUAAGAGAGUUGAGCGCAUUAUGACUCCUUUUGACUACUCUGUUAAGUCAGAAGAUGAUGACAACACUUCAGGGGUGGCAUUUAGAAAUACCUGGGCUGUGCCCCAUUCUACUUUGAAUUGUUCUGAAGAUACUCAUGCUGGUGAAGACUCAUCUAGGAUGCAUAUCUUCUGUUUAGAGCAUGCUGUAGAAGCAGAGCAGCAACUUCGCCCAAUUGGAGGAGCGCACAUAUUGCUCCUAUGUCAUCCAGAUUUUCCAAAGAUAGAGGCUGAAGCAAAGUUGGUCGCAGAGGAACUGGAGAUUGAUUAUCUAUGGAAGACUACUAUAUACAGGCAAUCCAAAAGGGAAGAUGAGGAGAGGAUCCAAUCAGCUCUGGAUAGUGAGGAAGCUAUUCCUGGAAAUGAGGACUGGGCUGUAAAGCUGGGAAUCAAUCUCUUUUAUAGUGCCAAUCUUAGCCGCUCAGCACUUUACAGUAAGCAGAUUCCAUACAAUUCUGUUAUAUAUAAUGCAUUUGGUCAAAGCUCUCCAGCAAGCUCACAUACAGAGCCCAAGGUCUAUCAGAGAAGGACCAACAGGCAGAAGAAGGUAGUUGCUGGGAAAUGGUGUGGUAAAGUUUGGAUGUCCAAUCAAGUCCAUCCCCUUUUAGCAAAAAGAGACUCCAAAGAUGUUGAGGAUGAAAAAGCCUUACAUGGGUGGCCAUUGCCUCAUGAGAAAAUUGAGAGAUCAGAAAGUAACCUCAAAUGCAAAACUUCGACUAGAAAAUCUGGUAUGAAAUGGAGAAACUCUGUUCAGAAAGGAGUUAGCAGGGAAGAAAGUUUUUCUGAGAGAGAUUGUCUUUCAGAUAAUUCGAUUGAAGAUAAAUCCAAUAAAUAUCAAAGGAGGAUUCUUGGUAGUAAGCGAACCAGGCAUAUUGAGAGAGAUGAUACUGCUUCAGAUGGGGAUUAUUCUCCUCUGCCCCAUCAUAGAAAGCCUAUAAACAAGCAUUCAGAAUCUAGUGAAAAUAGUGCAACUUCAGAUGAUUUGCUGGAUGAUGAUUCUUGUAUACAGCAUCGGAGGAAGGCUAAUACCAAUAAAGCUAAAUUUAUUGACAGUGAUGUAUUUUCAGAUGAUACAAUGGACUAUGGUUCUGAUUGGUCACGUAGGGAAGACCUUGGCAACGAGCAAGAUGCUAUUUCUGAUGAUUCGUUGGGUGUUGGUUCUCUUCAGAUGCGCAGAAUGACUCAUAAAGGCAAGUAUGAAGAAUUCAUUGCUGAAGAAGACGUGAUUUGUGAUGAUCAAAGGGAGGUUGGUUUUUGGAAUCAGAAAGGGAAGAUAUCUAAAGGCAGACAAAGAUCUGUUUCUGCAAAAAAUAUCAAUCAGCUGGAGCACGAGAAGCAGAAGCAGCAACAAAGGAAUCCAAGAAGCAGGCAAGAUAAGCACCUGGCAGCAGAGAAUAUUAUUUCUGAUGACCAACUGGAGGGUAAUUUUUGCAAGUUUCAAAGAAGGAUUCCUAAAAACAGACAAGCCAUGUGCAUCAAUGAGGAAGAUGUAAUGUCUGAUGAUCGCUUGAAGGAUCUCUUUCAGAAACCCAAACGAAGUACUCGAAGGAGCAGGAAAGAUAAAUACAAUGAUAAAGACGUUAUGAAUGAUGUGGCUGAAAAUAAUUUUCAUAUUCUGUAUAGAACUCGUAAAAGGAAGCAAGCUAAAGGCAUGGAUGAGGACAAUAUAAAUUCAGAUGAUCAAAUGGAAGAUAUUUUUCAUCAGCAGCACAAAAGAACUCUUCAAAGUAAGAAAUCCAAAUCACAGAUUCUUCAACAAAUGAAACAAACUAAUCCUCUCCGUGUGAGAAACAAGACAUCCCGUCCUGUGAAACAAGGUAUGCUAAUGAAAUCAAAGACUGCUCGGCAGGCAAAGAGUCAAUCUGGUAACUCCAAAGGCUUAACAGUACUUGUGGAAGAGGUGGAAGAUGGUGGACCUCGCACACGACAUAGGAAGAGAGUCCUAAAAAAUCAAGAGUCUGAAGGAAAAUUAAAAGAAAAGGAAAUCAAAAGGGAAAAGGUGAAGAAUACAACAGCAGCAAAGGUUUCAGUUGGCCAUGCCAAAAUAAAGGAUGAGGAAUCAGAAUAUCAGUGUGACAUUGAGGGUUGUACCAUGAGUUUUGGGUCUAAACAGGAGCUGUUGCAACAUAAGAGAAACAUUUGUCCUGUGAAAGGAUGUGGAAAGAAGUUUUUUUCUCACAAAUAUCUAGUGCAGCAUCGACGAGUUCAUGAGGAUGACCGCCCUUUGAAGUGCCCUUGGAAAGGAUGCAAGAUGACUUUCAAGUGGGCAUGGGCACGCACUGAGCACAUUAGAGUUCACACUGGGGCUCGUCCUUAUGUGUGUGCUGAGCCAGGGUGUGGGCAAACGUUUAGAUUUGUUUCUGAUUUCAGUCGUCAUAAGCGAAAGACCGGUCAUUCAACAAAGAAGAAUUGUUGA